GUAGAUAUCAAUAACAAACAAUGGGACAAGCCAAGGCAAAUCGUGGCGUUCAUUUCAGAUAUCGGAGGAAAAGUGGGACAUGGUUAUGAGAUCUGCGGAGCUGAAAAUCUACCAGAAGGGCCAGCAGUCAUUGUGUAUUUCCAUGGAAGCAUUCCUAUGGACUGUUACCUUUUUAAACAGAGGCUCUAUAGAAAAACAGGAAGACAGGCCCAUUGCGUGAUACAUCAUGAGCUUUUAAAACUACCAGGACUACACACAUUUUUUUACAUGAAUGGCUGCUUUAAUCGUACUAUAGAGGAAUGUGUGAACACUCUGAAAAAAGGGCAUGUGUUGAUGAUUGCACCAGGUGGACUUGAAGAAGGAAAUGCUGGAGGUCACAAUUACAAACUGAUUUGGGGGAAACGUAAAGGAUUUGCUCAAGUAGCCAUAGAUGCAAAAGUGCCAAUCGUUCCUAUGUUUACACGAAAUAUCCUGGAGGGAUAUUGGGCAUAUGCAAAAAUGCGGGUAAUGGAAUGGAUUUGUAAGCAAACUAGGAUUUACUUACUUCCACAAGGUGGAAUGCUUCCAGUCAAGCUUCGGACAUAUAUUGGGGAACCCAUUAAAUAUGAUCAAAAUAUAACUGCAGAAGAACUAGCUGAAAAAGCAAGAAUUGCAGUGGAAGCUUUACGAGACAAACAUCAGAAAUUGCCCGGAAACAUACUUCGUGCUCUUGGGGAAUGCUUUGAGAUGCAUCCCAAAGACGAGUAAUUUGCAUGGUGGCGUCUUCUGGUAGAAGAAUUGGGCCAGUUCCAGACUGGGCCAGUUCCUUGAGGGUAUUUCUGGUUCUACUGAAGACCGAGAGGAAAUUAACAAGUGGGGAAGAUUUUUAUUUUAUUUUAU